CAUCAACGUUUAAUGGAUGAUUAUUUCAACAAUAACUCUACAUAUAACGAGAAACAUUUCCUCCGUCGGUUCCGCAUGCCGAAAACAAUGUUCUUGCGCAUCAUGUCCGACCUUGAGGCACAUGACGAUUUUUUUAAAUUGAGAUGCGAUGCUGCUGGAAAGUUAGGUUUGAGUCCAUUGCAGAAAUACACAGCUGCACUGCGGAUGCUAGCAUACGGGGCAUCUGCAGGAUCCCUGGACGAAAACGUACGUAUCGGUGAAUCAACAGCUCUUUUCACACUGAGAAAAUUUUGUACCGGAGUUAUAGAAGUUUACGGGCCAGAAUACCUUCGACCGCCAACUACCCAAGAAGUAAACAAGUUACUGGAGGAAAAUUCCAAGCGUGGGUUUCCAGGAAUGAUAGCAUCAAUUGAUUGUAUGCACUGGGCAUGGAAAAACUGUCCAGUUGCAUUACAUGGUCAAUAUAAAGGAAAAGAAGGCAAACCCACCAUCGUGCUAGAGGUUUGUGCUUCACAGGACACUUAUGUGUGGCAUUGUUUUUUUGGGUGCCCUGGAAGUUGCAAUGACAUCAACAUUCUUGAUCGUUCGCCGCUUAUCAACGACAUUGUACAGCAUAACAUUCUUGGAGGACAAUGGAGCUUGGCUGGGAAGGAAUAUGUUAUGGGAUAUCUUCUAGCCGAUGGUAUUUACCCGGACUGGACGGUAUUCAUGAAAACCAUUUCACAACCGCAAACUUCUAAAGAGAAGCACUAUGCCAAGGUUCAGGAAAGUUUGCGAAAAGACGUGGAACGCUGGUGAAUUUUGGUGAAUCCAUGCCGGCUGUGAGAUGCGGAAAGCAUGAGUAAUGUGAUUACGACAUGCAUAAUACUGCAUAACAUGCGAAUUCGCGCCAGAAGCAGUCAUGCUGAACUGCAGAACGACUUCGAAAAUUUAGACACCCAAGAAUCGCUUCAGGAAAAUGCUGGUUUCAGCCGAAUCCAAAGCGAAAGAACCUUUUCGGAAGCAUGCGAGGAUCGUAUGGGUAUACGAAAUGCGUUAAUUCACUACGAAAUGAGAAACGAUUUAAUAGAUCAUCUAUGGAUGACGCGGGGUGAUAAUGUUGAAUAA